AUGCCCACCGAACUCCCCUUCGUCACCCUCGACGUCUUCACAGCCACCCCCUACCGCGGCAACCCUCUCGCCGUGGUCACCAUCCCGCCCACCCUCAGCCCGCCUCCCACCCAGGCUCAGAAGCAAGCCAUUGCCCGAGAAUUCAACCUCUCCGAGACCGUCUUCGUCCACGACGUCGCCGACCCGUCUGCCGCCAAGACGCGCACCAUCGACAUAUUCCUGCCCUCCGCAGAGAUCCCCUUCGCGGGCCACCCAACCAUCGGCACCGCCGUCUCCCUCCUCGGCCAGGGCGUCGACACGCUCCUCACCAAAGCCGGCCCCGUCCCGUUGGAGCUCACGGGCGAGCGCUUCGUGCAGGCCAGCAUCCCGCACGACGUGCACCUUCACGCCAAAACGGCCCGGCAGCUGCGGCCCUCGGAGCUGUACUCGGCGGAAAGGCUACAGGCGGACAAGGACCUGCGGGAGCGCGAGCUCAGCUCGCCGGUGGUGAGCAUCGUCAACGGGGUCACGUUUCUGUUGGUCGAGCUGGAGAGCCUGGAGCAGCUGGCAAAGGUGCAGCAGACGGGUGUCGGAUUCCCGCCCGAGGAGCUGCUGGACGACGGCUGGAGACGGGGGCUGAUUGCGAGACUCUACUACGUCAAGAUGGGGGAGAGGAGGGAUGAGGAGUCUGGCUUGCCGGUUCAGAUGCUUCGCACGAGAAUGAUGGAACAUUUAUUCGAGGACCCAGCCACUGGGUCCGCAGCGUGCUGCUUGGGCAGCUAUCUCAGCAUCGAGGCCGACAAGGGGCAGACUGGGAUGCCUAAACGACGAUACGACAUCACUCAGGGUGUUGAAAUGGGCAAGGAGAGCGACAUUGUUGUCGAGGUGGAAAUGAAGAACAACAGGGUUGACCAUGUCCGGCUGGCUGGUACCGCCGUUCAGGUCAUGCGUGGGUACGUCUCGUUGUGA